GUGUGUGUUCGUGUAGGUGUUUACCAUGGUUCAGAGUGUCUAUGCGGAAUUCUCAACACUGGCGAUAGCAGUGGAGCGAUACUGGAAUGGAACAAAGAGUUGGAAUUUGAUAUGGAGGUCUGCGAUUUGCCAAGAAUGUCCAGAUUAUGCCUUGUUAUUUACGGAAUAUACGACAGGAGACGCAAAGCGAAUCAAACUCCUGCCACAUAUAAAGUUAAAACUGGGAAAAAAGCAAAAGGCAAAGAAAAGGAAAUUGUGCCAUUAGCUUGGGUGAAUACUCCAUUUUUUGACUAUCGCAAUCAUCUGUGUGUGGGAACCCAAAAAUUGCUUGCAUGGCCAGUAACAGAAGAGCUUCCACCAGAUCUGUUGAACCCUAUUGGCACCGUAGCGUCCAAUCCACUUUAGAGUCAAGUACCACAAUUUAUGUUGAUUUUCCACGUUAUAGUAGUAAUCCGGUAAUUUAUCCUCCAUUUGACAAAGUAAUGGAACGUGCAGCAGAAGCUGCGCAGGUUGAUGACACAGAGGAUACAGAGUUACAG